GGGCAAGCUUGCUUUUCUUGUUCCUUGUUCCUUGUUCCUCGGACCUGUUGUUUCAGUGCUUAGUUUUUUCUUUUUCUUUUUUUUUAAACAUCUUCAAAAGAGUUUCUCAAAUUCAAACGAAAAUGGCAUUCACCGGAACAUUGGACAAAUGCAAGGCUUGUGACAAGACCGUUCAUGUUGUGGAUAUGUUAACUCUUGAAGGAGUUCCUUACCAUAAAACUUGCUUCAAAUGCAGCCAUUGCAAGGGAAACCUUGUGAUGAGUACUUAUUCUUCUAUGGAUGGAGUUCUUUACUGCAAGCCUCAUUUUGAGCAAUUAUUUAAGGAAUCUGGCAAUUUCAGCAAGAAUUUCCAAACAUCAAAGGAAAGGCAAAUUGAUCAGGUGAAGACUCCAAACAAACUUUCAUCCUUGUUUUGUGGAACCCAAGACAAGUGUGCUGCAUGCCACAAGACAGUGUACCCAUUGGAAAAGGUGACAAUGGAAGGGGAAUGUUUCCACAAGACAUGCUUUAGGUGUGCCCAUGGAGGGUGCGCAUUAACACACUCUUCUUAUGCUGCUCUGGAUGGGGUCCUCUAUUGUAAACACCAUUUUGCGCAGCUUUUCAUGGUGAAAGGCAACUACGCCCAUGUCCUCCAAGCGGCUUCCCACAAGAGAAACAAUAGCUCUGCAUCUCCAAAAUUAGCUGAAAACCAAGCUGAUCAACGAGAAACCGCCACUGAUGAAGAUGACUCUGAAGACAAAUCUUAAUUAAUUACAAAUUUUUAAUACACCACCAUGGUUUAUAUAUAACAUCCCAACAUUGUUCUUUUUAUUAUUAAUAUUUUAGAGUUCUAUUUU